AAAAAUAUCUUUUAAAAAAAGGGUAUAGAAUAUAAAGUGCUUAGACUUAGUGAAUCAUAUAAGCUCUCUGGUUUGAGUGUUCUGAAUUUGCAUUACUGCUUUUUUCUUUUUCCAUUAUAAUGAGGAAUUAUUAUAAUUCAGCAAAGCAUAUUGCCAUAAGAUCACAUUUUUUUUUGGAAAUUUGUUAACUAAGGCCUCAAUCUCCCAGUGAGAUCCACUGUUCAGCUGCUAAAAUUGUGUUACAAUCGUGUCUUGUGAGAAGGCAGCACUUUGGAUGCUGAUGUAAAGUUGUGUGUUACAAGAGAAAGUUCAAAGUGAUGUCUGAAAAUUAUGUACCUAAAUACCCCAUACAGACAGCUAGAGUAAAGGCAUGGUCCUCUAUCAGGAAAAGAGCCAUUUUUUCUUGGUUGCUUUUACUGUUAUUGUCCAUUUUUUCUGGUAUAGUAUGGGUAUGACAAUUUUUAUAGUUAAUAAGGUUUGACUUCCUUUAUUAGUGGAUCUUUUAGAUCACUGUAACCCUAAAAUAUAUGUCAGUAUUACGUAGGUGAAUGCAUCUAGUAUCUUUGUAUUUGAAGUAGAUACUGUAAACAAAACAGAUUGAGAACUGUUCAGUUGACUAGAACAGUUGAAGAGGUAUGUCAUCACACUUGCAGUUCUGAUGAUCCUUUGCCUCUCCAGUGGGAUGCUUUGGUGGAAUGGUGGUGAUUCAGUUCUCGUUGCUUCCUCUGUGAUUCCUUUAUGUUCUCACUUAAUUACAGUUUAGUUUUGCUGUGGGAGAUUCUAGGUUUGGUAAGUCUUGAUCACGUAUUAGCUUUUGCCAAUGACUAUUGCUCCUUAGUUUAAAUGAUUCCAGGCUCUUCUUCCUCUAAAAAAAAAAGAAAUCCACCCAGAAUCCCUGGGAAAAAAAGUCUGCUAAACACACAAAUGUACACCUGUGACCUUUGUUUGUAGAUGUGGAACGAGGUGCAAAAGUGACAGGGAAGAGUGACAGUGAUUUAGUUUGGUUUUUUUUAAGGAUGGAAGUUUCUCUACCCAACACUGGUAACUCCCUCAGCAGCUCUCUCUCAGCCUCCAGUGUUAGAUAUCAGCUGCUGAGAAUAUGGUUCAUCUACUGUUGCAAACAGCCUGGAUCCACUCGUUUUAGCGUGGAAAGUACACAUCCUAACAGAGGAGUUCCUUCUCCAGAGGAAACUUCUAUACUCUGAAACUUAGUUGCCACAGUUUGUAAAGCAAAGCUCUUACCAGUGCUUUAUGCAAUAAAAUGGGAGUAAGGAACUUAGGAAGAUGUCCUUAAGUGUAGGAAUUUUCCAGAUCCCAUUAGACAUAACAAACAGAUUGUGGGUUUCAAAUAGAUUUCAAACAGAUUGGGGAUUUCAAACCAACUUUGAAAUCAAGGUAAAACUUACUCCAAAGUGCUUCAUAAACCUCAUUUCAGCUCCUAAAACAGUUGUGUAUGAUACAGGUUUAUUCUCUAUUUCCACAAAUAGUAAGUGACACUGGGAACGUUAUGAAUUACAAAUUAAUUCUGUGCUAAACUCGAUCUUCUUCUCAUUCCUUUCCUAUACUUAAUGAAUGUUAUUCAACCUACUCUUAUUUUCAAAAUGUGGGGAAAAUCCUUAGGUGUGGGGGUUUUUCUGUUUUGUUUUCAGGGUUGGUGUGUGUUUGGUUGGUUUUGGGUUUGUAUAUUGGUUUUGCUGGGAUUUCUUAAGUCUGAACAGUAGCAUGUCUUGGUUCUGUGUUUCAGUUGCUUUGCUGGUAACAGACACGGGUGUAUUAUAGGUCAGGAUUUGUUGAUCAAGAAGUUGACAUUAAUUCUCCUCUCUUUGAGCAGCUAUUUUCUGGUAAUUUCUAACUCCUGUGAAGAAGUCGUUGCAUAGGAGUUUUGGUAUGGAAGUAAGCUGGUAGGACUGCACUCCUCCCUGUAUGCACACUUUUAGUCACUUGUGCCUUCUCCAGCAGUUACUCAUCCUGGCUAAACUGGGGCAGGGCUGAGGGGGGCGGGGAGGCAGUGGACUUGAAUACAUUUUUAUAUGUUUGAAAGUUAUCUCCAGGUCCAGAUUACUUUUUAGUUUGGGUGUUUUCUAAGGUGUUUAAAUCCUCCUUCCCUCACUUCCUCUGAAUUUUUGCUGGCAGCCAAGAUGUGAUGUUGUGGGGACCUCCAGCACUUGCUGAGGACACCAGAUCAGAUGCACUGUUCUGUGUGGUCUGACAGCUUACUGUGUUACGUUCAUGUUGGGGAGAGGUCUAAAGCGCAAGCUGAGUGACUAUGAGGAGAACAUGGCUGGUCUCUCGAGUGCCUUUGAUUCCAGUCGAAGUCUGCCAUAUCCACUUAAGAGGCAGUUGGUGCUCAACAUGUGCCUCACCAAGUUACAGACGUACAAAAUGCUGGUGGAACCGAACUUGCACCGCUCUGUCCUCAUCGCCAACACCGUGCGGCAAAUUCAAGAGGAAAUGAGACAAGAGAGUAACCAGCAGCCAGUUAACAUCUGCCCUGGCAUUACUCCUAGUUCUCACAGCUACCCAGGGAUGGAGUCAUCUGGGAUUUCUCUUCAGUUGCCUUCAGGUAUUAGUCAGCAAGAGUCCAACUGUUGCGACUUGCGGUCUGUAGAAGACCCGAUUGAAAACAGCCUGCUGAUAGUUUCAGAUGAUGACAUGUCGUCUGCCAUUUCAUCUAUUCUGAAGGAUUUAGACUUUGUAGAAGAUAUAAGCCCUCCUACUUGUCUGGUUCCUUCUGGAGAUGACCAGCCAAAGUUUCCAGAGAAUACUGGUCUGAAACUAGAAGAUGAUAGGCAGGAUUUGAAGGGAGCUGAAUGUGUAUUUGGUUCCUUUGAGAUUUCAAAUUCAACUAGUUACUUGAAGGAUUUGGCAAUAGAUGACAUUUUCGAAGAUAUUGACACUUCGAUGUAUGAUUCAGACUUCUGUUGCCCUCCACUAAUGCCACCCAGAUCACCAUCUCUUGCUACAGAAGAACCAUUGAAAACCUUUCCAUCUUGUAAUUCUUCUUCAGCAAGCAACAUUCAGAUAUGUAGAACAGAUCUCAGUGAGCUGGACCACAUCAUGGAAAUUCUCGUUGGAUCCUGAUACUUGUUUUACCCAAAGAUACUUUUUAACUGCCACUUUCAUUUGGUUUCAGGAUAAAAGCCACUGGAAAAGUUGUAAAGAAUUCUUUAAGACAAAAACUACAUAACAAUUUGUCUGUAGUAGGAUUUUCUAAAUAAUUCCAAAACUUAAAAACCAAAAAAGUGGCAGAUUUUUUUAAAAAAAGAAAUAUUUAUUUAUCAGAACUGUGCAAUCAUCAUUUUCCUUCCAGGGUGUAUGUGGAACAAUAGGCACAUACCCUCAUCACCCCUCAUGCCUCUUUCAAUAAACUUUUUUAUGUGCAAUUUUUAAUUUGACAGAAGAAUUUACAUGCAAAGCAAAUUUCAUAUGAGAUGAUCUUUUACAAAGCCUCCACUUUAUUUUUAAUAUCAGAGUCUAUGCCAAGUUGGCAUCCGUCAAGUUGCAGAGUUAGAUCGUGUGGAUUGCAGACACAUUACUAGAGAUGGGUAUAUUUUAAAAAUGAGACACGCUUUGCUUUCUUUUGGUCAGAAAAGCAGAUCAAGAUACUUACCAACAAAGUCUCUUGCAUUUUCUAAAGCAUUCAGAACUAUUUAUUUUUGUAAAUUUUAUAGUCUUUCUACAUUUUACUACGUUAUUUCAUCAUAGUUCAAAUAUAAUGGACUUCUAGUUGGAUGUGUUUAGCACUACCUCUGAGCUGAAAUGCUUUAACUCUUUCCAGUGCUUCAUCUAAGACUGCAGAUCUUUUUGUUUCUUCUUUUUUUUUUUUUUUCUGGGGGAAAGUACUUCUAACUCAUUAAGCUGAUCCUUUGACAGUGACCUAGCUGAUUUGUGAAAUCAAGGGUAUUCAAUGUUUAAAAACUUUUAAGUAUUUACAAAUGUAAUUUAUAUGUAGAUUGUGCAAUUUAACAUUUUUCUGUCAGUAUUAUGUGCUUAGAUUUUGAAUAAUCUUGGCGUUCUUUAAAUUAAAACUUACUAUGUACAGGUAGCUUUUUAUUCUGUUUUGGAAAACACUGUCCUCCAACCCUGCUUUCACUACAAUGUUUUAAGAUGAUUUUUAUGUGCAAUAUUAUUUAAAAAGAUACACAUUUGUAUACCUGGCAUUGCGGGAAGGAACGCUUCAAACUUAAAAACCUCUAGCACCUUUGGAGGAUACUCAGAGAGUCAACCAUUUCUGUGUCCUUUAAGAAACAAAGCUGAGAACACUUGUUGCGACACGAGUGCUCACUGCUCCGAGUGCUCCUGGAACACCCGUGGGUGAGUCAGUGCCGAUGACUCAGUCCUGCCGUGCAGCUGCGUCCGGGAGAGCUCCGGGUCUGACCACAGGGAUGCGGCGCCGGGGCCACCUGGGCCUUGGAACCAUCGUGCUGCUGCCCCAGACCGUGCUGGGGAAGGAGGGGCACAUGUGGCAGGUGUGUGAAUAAGGAUAUAUAAACACACUCAUUAGCUGAAGACGAGAUUUGCAGUGAGAACUGUUUUUCCAUAAGACAGUUUGGAUACUGUGUCUCAGCCUGAACUGAGGUCUAUGUCCAUCCCUGCUACUGUCUUCUGAAUUACACACUUGCACAUUACUUUUUGGUUUGUUUUUGGUUUUUUUUUUCUCUUUGGUUUUUUUUAAUGAUAAAACUUUUACUUCGUUCUUGAAAGCUGCAGCACCUGUCUUGAAAAUUUGCAGUUGUAAAAGCUUUGCUUUGGUUUGUUUGUAUUUUUGGGGUUUUUGUUGUUCUGCUGAGACUUUUCACGAACUGAGCAUCGGCAGAGGAAAAAAAUGUUGCCUCUAUGUUGCAUCUCACAGAAGUUGAAAUCCUGGCCCUACUGAAGGGGCCAGGGUGUCACCUGGUAUUUCUAGUCUUAACUGAUGCUGUGGCACACCUACCUUUUGCAAAGAUCUCCAUUUUUUACUGUGACUCUCUUGGUUAACAGUUAGCUGCCGAUAUAAUUUGGUAUCCCAAGCCAGUGGAGAACCAUUUCAGGUCACAUCCUUUGCAGCCAUCUGGGUUGUUUAGCAACCGAAGGGUAUAAAUGUAUUUAUAUGCAUAUAUUGUAUUGAUUCUAAUAUAAAACUUCUGAUCUAAAGUAUUUUGAAUUGCUGGAUAAAGGGAUUUGUUUGAAGAGUGUAUAAAUAGUUCUUGAAGAGGUACAGCUUCAGAAUGUACACAGAUUGUGCAUUGUGUAUAGACUACUCUGGCUUUUCCUCAGCCUCUUACUUUUGUAUUAAAAAUAUGACUGAAUAAAUCCUUGAAAUAUUAAGGGCCUUCUGCACUGUGAUGAAACAGAGUUGUGGUUAAAAAAGUCUUUAAAUUCAGUGAUGAGGGAUAAAAUAAAAAGACUGCAUCUAAUUUCUUUUUGCAUUUAAAAAUAUGGAGUGUUACUAUGCAGUAAAGAUAUUUUGGUAUGAAAAUCGUGUCAUGUAGCAAAUAGUGAACACUUAAUAAAUCCACUUACCUUGCAGCACCUACUGAAACAGAAGAAAACUCACUUUUCAACAUUUACAUACUAAAGAUUUUUGUAUACUGCAGAGAAAGAUUAAAUUGUUGGUAGAUGUUUUAUCAACAAUUCAAAAUGCAAUUUUUGUUCAAGUCCUUGCUACAAAGCUCUGUUUCUAAUUGGUUGCUUGUGUCACAGUGCCAAGACCAUGAGCUGGUGUGUAAUGCAGUUCGGUUAUGUAUGGAAUUAUGUGCAAAGGGAAGUUUAAUUUUUAAAUAUGCACAAACUAAUUUUAAAAUCCUUCCAUGUAAAAUGAAGUUAGAGGCUAGUUGUGGUGGACCUAUUUAUUGUAUGUUUGGAAAUAAAAGCCACAGUUUUGCAGUUUAA